AUCGGUAGACUUCGAUGCCAACGAAGGCAUAGACUCAUCGGAAGUAGGUCAGGAGACUAGGUGGGUAGGAUCUAAGGCUAGGAAUGUAGAUGGGUAUAAGCUGUGGUACUCUAGGAGUGAGAGGUAUCAGAAAGGAGUGGGUAUCUUAGUAGAUAAGGUGCUUAGAGAGCAGGUGGUACAGGUUAAGAGGGUCAUUGAUAGGCUGAUGAAGAUUAAGUUGGUUAUGGGGGGUUGUAUGGUUCAUGUGUAUAGUGUGUAUGCACCGCAGAUGGGCUUGGACAAGAAGGUGAAAGCGAGAUUUUGGGAGGAUUUGGACGAGGUGAUGAGAAGCGUGCCUAGCUCAGAGAAAAUUAUCAUAGUAGGGGACUUCAAUGGUCACAUUGGGGUCAUACUAGGUGGCUAUGAUGAUGUACAUGGAGGUUUUGGUUUCGGUGAUAGAAAUGGCGAGGGAGCUGCUCUUUUAGAUUUUGCGAGGGCCUUUAGGCUGAAUGAAGAAGUGAAAAAGAAAAUAGAAAUAAAGAAGGAGACGUAUGUAAAGUUGAUCGAGAGUAAAAAUGAGGAGGAGAAAGGGGUGAAUAGGGAGGCUUACAAAGUAUCUAGGAAGACGGCUAACUUAGCAGUUACAGCUGAGGCAAUCCAUAUUAUAAGGAGAUUAGUAGAGCAGUAUAGAGAAAGGAAGAGGGAUUUAGACAUGGAGUUCAUCGACCCGGAAAAGGCGUAUGAUAAAGUCCUAAGGGAGGUUAUUUGGAGAUGCUUGCAG